CCCCGCAUUAGUUUCCCAUCCAUCCUUUGUCAGCCUCUCCCCUACCUCCGCGAAGCGCUCGGCCGGGUGGGUCUCUAUCUCGUCCCGCUCGCAUCGCUCCGCCCCACCCAUCGUUCAUCAGCGCGCAGCACUCCUCAGAUUCAGGCGACUUCAAUCCCGUCUGCUUCCUCACUUUAAUGGGCUUUUCCUCCCACCGACAUGGCCGGCGAUCCCAGCACCCGCGCCGCCGGUGACCGCUCCCCCUCCUCCUCCUUGUUUGCCGGGGGCGGGCUCGGCCUCGGCCCCUCCAGCCUCUUCCUCCACCUGCUCCUCCUCCACUCGCUCUUAUAGCCCCGCCACCCGGCCAUGGCCGCCGUGUUCUUCCACCACGUCGUAGGCGACCUCACCGUGGGCAAGCCGGAGGUCGCCGAGCUGCACGACACCGACACGCUCGAAGACGCCGCGCGAGCCAUCGCGGCCAGCCCAGAGGGCGCCGUGCCCGUCUGGCGCCCGCGGGCGGCGCCGGACGAGCCGCCUUCGGGGGCGAGGUUCAUCGGGAUGAUCUCCGCGCUCGACAUCUCCGCGUUCUUGGCCGCUUCCGGCGCCGGGGACCGGGCCAUGCACGCGGUGGUCGCCGAGGUAGUGCAGCACAACCCCGGGCUACUAAGGGAGAUCGAUCCGGGCACGAGGUUGAUCGACGCACUGGAGCUGAUGAGGCAUGGAGUGAAGCGCUUCCUUGUUCGCAAGAGCGGGACCUGGACAGGCAUUACCAAGCGGUUUUCAUUGCUUUACAAUGGCAAAUGGCUGAAGAACAUGGAAUCAACAUCUCCAAGCGCAGCCAGCAGCAGCAGGCAGCUGCCCUCAUUUACCAAUUCCGCAUACAAGUUUUGUUGCCUCUCAAGGGAAGAUGUUCUCCGGUUCCUUAUUGGAUGCCUUGGUGCUCUUGCUCCCAUUCCACUGACUCAAAUAUCUUCUCUUGGAGCCAUCAAUCCACACUACUGUCACGUAGAAGCAUCUGCGCCCGCCAUGGAAGCAAUUCAGAAGAUCCCUCAAGACCCAUGCGCCGUUGCUGUAGUCGAGACAACGCCAAAUGGAAUUCGCAAGAUACUUGGAGACAUCUCUACUUACAAACUGUGGAAAUGUGACUAUGUUUCAGCUGCAUGGGCACUGAGGAACCUUUCAGCUGGGCAGUUUGUCAUCGGUGCCGAUGAAAACAUGUCAACGCCCAUCUCAGCUGUCCCAGAGCCUCCCAUCAGCUCAUCACCGGUGGAAGAGAUCGGACCCAGACCCUCGCCCAGGGCGAAGAAGUUCAGCAGCAGGAGCAUCGGGUUCCUGAACAGCCAGGUGAACCAGAUGGUGGUCGGGCGGACGAGGAGUAUGUACCACCGGGGCAGGAGCAUGCCACUGAUGUGCAAGAGCACGAGCUCCCUUGCGGCGGUCAUGGCUCAGAUGCUAUCCCACCGGGCCACACACGUCUGGGUGACGGACCCGGAGUCGGAGGAGGACGGCAUCCUCGUCGGCGUGGUGGGCUACACCGAAAUCUUCAACGCCGUUACGAGGAGUGCUCUUCCUAGUCCGACAACAUCUUGAUGCACUGCACUGUAUUGUACAAUAGGGGGAGUGUACUUGGUUGAUCCGUUGGUGGUUGGCCCCAGUGCGUGCCCUGCUGCACUCAACUGCACACGUAGUUGGGUUGAUUUGUUCGUUUGUCUCGAGAGUUUAUGAGGUUUUUGGUGAUGUGCGUAGCAUAAAACUUGGUGGUAUAUUGUUGCAUUCGUUGUGGACGGUUCAAAUAAAGAUUCGGGCUUUGCCUGGGAGUCUAUUUUGCAUU